GUCACAUGAUGUCAUGGACCAAUCAGACGAUGAUGACAAACACCUGAACAGGUAACAAACGUUCUUUUCAUGAUGAUGGCUUCAGUCUCAAUGACCUCAUUGAUUCUCUGCUAAUUGAUUGGUCGCCCACAGAGAAACAAACCGAUUCACCAGUGAUGUCACACCGCACUCCGUCCAAUCAGGUCGCUGCCUUCAGCCACAAAAACUGCAGCUUUCAUGAGCGGGUGGAUCAGUCCGAGGAGCUCCAUCAUCAUCAUCAUCAGCUUCAUCGCACUCUGAUGGGACUCACUGAAGGAGACAUGACGGACCAGGAGAGUGCCGUGCUCAGAGUUUCCCGCCUUCCUCUGGUUCGCUCGGCGUUCCAGUCGGUGACAUCAGCGUACUCAGAGGUCAAAGGUCGUUACCCUCUGCUGGGGCUGAUGGGAGGAGCGGCCGAGGUCGCCACUCACGCCGCCAUGAUGAGAGCCACGCCCCUCCUGCAGAGUCUGGAGCCACACAUUGAAGUUGCUAACAGUCUCGCUCUCGUUGGUCUCGACCGUCUGGAGAAGAACUUCCCGGUGUUGAACCAAUCGACAGACGAGGUGAUGGGUCACCUGAAGGACGCCGUCCUCCUGACUCUGGACGACGUUCAGGUGUGGGUGGUGGACGGGUUGGACGGCGCUCUGGAUCAGCUGGAGCGUCUGUCCGACGUCGCUCGCUCAGCCGUCCACCUGCUGACGGACACUCAGGUGGGCCGGGCCGCUGCGUCGGGAUUGGAUGACGUGCUGAGUCGUCUGGAGGACGCCACCGCCUACUACCUGCCCCUCCCACCCACACUGCGUCGGGAAUGGGAGACGAGGGUCCAGGACUACGAGGACGAAGACGAGGACGACGAGCCCGGCCUGUGGACGAGGGUCCGCGGCCUCCUCCUCAACCUGACCCUGCAGCUUCAUCAUCGCAUGACGAAGGUCCGAGGUCAGCUGCAGAGCGCCGCCGCCACGCUCACAGACGCCGCCGACUCGGUGGGUCUGGGCCAGGUUCUGGAGCUGGUCGGUCAGCUGCUGCAGUACCUGCAGAGGCUCCUGGUGGCGCUGUUGUUCCAGACAGAGAGUCUGAGAGAGCUGAGUCUUAACAGGGUCAAAGGUCAGGCCGUCAUGUUAGCAGAGCUGCGUCCUGUACGUCAGAUCCGAGAGCUGCCGGUCCAGAUCCAGCAGCUGCUCCAGGACCUGCAGGAGCUGUCCAAGAUCGUCCUGCAGCUGGUGAUCAACGCCACGCCGCUCUACAACAUGCUGCAGCAGCCGUCUCAUCAGGAGGUCGAGGACUUCCUGAACCAGGAGGACUUUGUGUCUGACGCUUCGUCUCGUCGCAGCUCAGCUAACAGUCUCUUCCUGAAGGCGAUGGACGGACGUCCUCGCCGCCGCCGGAGUCUCUACUCGCGGGCUGCCCGUGGCUCCGGUGGCCCCCAACAGAACCUCGACUCGACCUCGACCCCCAACGGCCGCCGCUCCAGCCUGAAGGACCCUGCGGCCCCGGAGGCGGACUCCCCGCCGCUCCUUUCCGCCGCCGUCCGCCGCCAGUCGGCCACCGAGCUGCUCCUCGCUCCGCUCAAACAGUUCGUCUCUCAGAGCCAGAGGGCCUUCGAGUACCUGAGCCCCAACACCGCCGACACCGGCGAGGACGACACGGCCACGUCCGACUGUUGAACGCCGCGCUGAGGUCUGACCCCGC